CGUCACUUUUAAAAUUCCGCGCGUGAUACAUCCACGGUUUGUACACCAUCUUUAACCGUACAUAUCUCGCUGUCGUACGCUUACUUUUUGCCAUUCCCACAUGCGAAUUUAAAACUAAACAAAACCCAAUUAGUUAAGUAAUAAAACAACCUUUCCUCUUCUAUAAAACCGCCUUUACAUUGAACCUUCACGAGACACACACUCUUCUUCUUCCUCUUCACCUAACAACAACAAUGGGUAUCCAAAGAUCUUCCACUACUUCUUCAGCUUUGAAAUGGCUUGGAUUUGUGACGGCGGUUUGGGUUCAAUCCAUCUCCGGCAACAACUACACAUUCUCCAAUUACUCUGGUGCUCUCAAGUCCCUCAUGAACCUCAAUCAGCUCCAGCUCAACAACCUCUCCGUCGCUAAAGACGUCGGAAAAGCCUUCGGAAUCCUUGCUGGCCUCGCCUCUGACCGUCUUUCGACUCCCGUCAUCCUCCUUAUAGGUUGUUUCGAAGGUCUUCUUGGCUACGGUGUACAAUGGCUCGUCGUGAGCCGCACCAUCACUCCUCUCCCUUAUUGGCAGAUGUGUGUAUUCCUCUGUAUGGGAGGGAAUAGCACGACGUGGAUGAACACGGCGGUUCUAGUGACUUGCAUACGAAAUUUCCGGCGAAACCGUGGUCCGGUCUCCGGGAUCUUGAAAGGAUACGUGGGCCUAAGCACAGCUAUCUUCACCGAUCUAUGCACUGCUCUGUUCUCAAACGACCCGGCAUCGUUUCUUGUUUUACUCGCCGUCGUGCCUUUCGCCGUGUGUCUCACGGCGGUUUUCUUCCUCCGCGAAAUCCCUUCUGCUUCUUCCGCCGACGAAGAGAGCGAAGAGACUCGCUACUUCACAGUAUUUAACAUCGUGGCAGUCGUCGUCGCUGUCUACCUUCAGUCUUACGACAUCAUCGGAAUCAAAACCGGAGUUUUCUCAGUCGCUUUUGCCUCCAUACUCCUCUUCCUCUUGGCUUCUCCUAUCGCCAUACCUUUCCACUCUUUCAUCAAAAGCUUGAAUCGCGGUGAGCAAGACGUGGAAGGACAGAUCCAAGAACCGUUGCUUAGAUCCGAGACCGCCGCGGAGAAGGAGGCAAUUUCUGUAGCGGCGGCGGCUACUGCGGCGGAAGAGGAGAAUCAUGUGGUGGAGAGGAAGAGGCCGGUGUUGGGAGAAGAUCACACGAUAAUGGAAGCGAUGUUGACCGUUGACUUUUGGGUGCUUUUCAUAUCGUUCUUGUGUGGUGUGGGAACUGGUUUGGCCGUGAUGAACAACAUGGGACAGAUCGGGCUUGCUCUUGGCUACACAGAUGUUUCGAUAUUCGUCUCUAUGACUAGUAUUUGGGGUUUCUUCGGCCGUAUUCUCUCCGGUACUCUCUCCGAAUACUUUCUCAAGAAAGCUGGAACACCACGACCACUAUGGAACGCAGCAUCUCAAAUCCUCAUGGCCGUAGGUUAUCUACUAAUGGCUUUAGCUGUACCCAAUUCACUCUACAUCGGUUCAAUGGUGGUCGGAGUUUGUUACGGUGUUCGUCUAGCCAUAACCGUACCAACAGCAUCAGAACUCUUUGGUCUCAAAUACUAUGGUCUCAUCUACAACAUCUUAGUACUUAACUUGCCACUUGGCUCGUUCCUCUUCUCGGGUCUCCUCGCUGGCUUCCUCUACGAUGCAGAAGCUACACCAACUCCUGGUGGAGGCAACACUUGUGUAGGAGCUCAUUGUUACCGUCUUAUCUUCUUGGUCAUGGCUUUAGCUUCUCUUAUUGGAGUUGGUUUGGAUAUUUUGUUGGCUUAUAGGACUAAGGAGAUUUAUGCUAAGAUUCAUGCUAGCAAAAAGGCCAAGAAAUCGGGUGGUACCCUAAGUUAAGAAUUGUAAGAUCUAGUUCUAUAGCACUAGAUUGUUCGUCACGAUUUUUUAGUUGAGAUGCUUAAUUUUUUAAUACAUUAUGCAAGUACCAGGACUUUAUUGUUGUAGAGUCACCGCAGACCAGUGUAAACUUUGUUCAUAAAUUUAUUUUAUAAUUGAAUGAGAUUUUGGUACUACUAA